CUUUCUUCUUCAAAAAUUUCCCCUGAAAAACCAAAUCCAAGUCUUCACUGUUCGCACGUACAUGGCCAUUUUCCUCUUCACUACUACACUUCCAUUUCUAUCUCUACCAACAACCACUCUCAAUUCAUCAAAAUCCACUCUAACAUCAAUUCUCACUAACCCAACAACACUACAUCACUUCCCAGCCAUCGCCAUGAACUUGUGCACCACCACUUCAGCAGCAUCUUGUUCCUCAAUGCAGCACGUGCCAGAGCAAGAUUCUAACCAAACGGAACGUGUAGCAAACCUAAUAUUCCAAAGGUACACAUCCAACAACACCAACAGGAGUGGUAAAGGUACCGCCAUCGUGUGGUUCAGAAACGAUCUAAGGGUUUUGGACAAUGAGGCUCUCUACAAGGCUUGGCUUUCCUCACAAACUAUUUUGCCUGUUUACUGUGUUGAUCCUCGUCUCUUUGCCACCACUUACCAUUUUGGAUUUCCAAAAACCGGAGCAUUGAGAGCACAGUUUCUCCUUGAAAGUUUGGCUGACUUGAGGAAGAAUCUGAUGAAACGGGGACUUAAUUUGCUUAUUCAACAUGGAAAACCUGAAGAUGUUCUUCCUUCUCUAGCUAAAACUUUUGGAGCUCAUACAGUUUAUGCACAGAAAGAAACUUGUAGUGAGGAGGUGAAUGUUGAAAGGUCUGUCAGCAGAUGUCUUCAACAAGUGGGGGUGCCAUCCGAGGAAUCUGUUGGGGCGCCAACAACUUCAAACAGCCACCCGAAGUUACAGUUUGUUUGGGGCACCACAAUGUACCACCAUGGCGAUCUUCCUUUUGAUGUCUCAUGUUUGCCGGAUGUUUAUACUCAAUUUCGUAAGGCCAUUGAAGCCAAAUGCACAGUGCGCUCAUGCAUCAAACUGCCAGCAUCACUUGGACCACCUCCCGCAAUUGAAGAUUGGGGAUGUCUUCCUUCAUUGGAGCAGCUAGGACUUUACUCACAGAAUGUUAGCAAGGGGAUGAAAUUUGUAGGGGGUGAAACUGCCGCAUUGAGCAGAGUAUAUGAAUACUUUUGGAAGAAGGAUUUACUAAAGGUGUAUAAAGAGACCCGAAAUGGGAUGUUAGGGCCUGAUUAUUCUACAAAAUUCUCGCCAUGGCUUGCAUCCGGAAGCUUGUCUCCUCGUCUCAUAUAUGAAGAGGUGAAGAGAUAUGAGAAUGAAAGACAAGCAAAUAGUUCUACCUACUGGGUUUUGUUUGAGUUGAUAUGGAGGGAUUACUUUAGGUUUUUAUCAGUCAAAUAUGGAAAUUUGCUUUUCCAUAUAGGUGGACCUAGGAAUGUUCAGCAUAAUUGGAGCCAAGACAAGAAAUUAUUUGAAGCUUGGAGAGAUGGUUGUACAGGGUAUCCACUCAUAGAUGCCAACAUGAAAGAACUAUCAACUACAGGUUUUAUGUCAAACCGAGGACGACAGAUUGUGUGUUCCUUUCUAGUUCGUGAUAUGGGAAUAGAUUGGCGCAUGGGAGCAGAAUGGUUUGAGACAUGUCUUUUGGAUUAUGAUCCAUGUUCUAAUUAUGGAAACUGGACUUAUGGAUCAGGAGUUGGGAAUGAUCCCAGGGAAGACCGUUAUUUCAGCAUACCAAAACAAGCACAAACAUAUGACCCAGAAGGUGAAUAUGUGGCAUACUGGUUGCCACAGUUACGAAUAAUCGCGAAAGAUAAAAGGAAUUUUCCUGGUAAUUUAUACAUUCGUCAAAUUGUGCCUCUCAAAUUUGGAACAAGUAGUAGACACAAUAAGGAUGACAAGUCACUUGGUGCAAGAAGGGCUAAUGAUAAAGGAAAUGAACGAAGAUGGAAUAGAAGAUAAAUUUUGGAGAAAGAAAGGAAGAAAACGUCGGCCACAUCUUAUUACUGUAUUAUUAUGUAUCUUCCACUUCUAUGCAUGCCAACCUCAGUGGAAUGCAGGAUCUUUUAAAUGAUACAUGUGUUUGGAUUCUCUAUGGCUUUUGUAUGGUGCAAAAAUUGGGAGGACCACUAGAUAUAGAAAUUCUCUUUCUAAAUCAAAUAGUAUCUACAUACAACAUUUGUAGAUAAUAUAUUUAUAUUAGGCUUUGUCAUAAAUAAAUAAAUAAAUAAAAAGAAUAUCAAAGUUUGUAAUUUAGUCGUUGAUGAAA